GGAGCAUAUAAAAGCUAGGCGGCUCGGAAUAAUUGGCAGAAAAUACUAAUAAGUGAAACAAACAGAUUUGAAGUGAAAUAGUGUUUUUGAGUUUUGAAUAAGAAGUAAACAUGUCUCUAUUUCCGCUAGUUUUUCGUGAUAUAAUGAGGCCGUUGAGAAUGAUGGAAAAUCAAAUGCGAUUUGCCGACGAAAUUUUUCACCCAGUGUAUAGAAUGAAUUGCCCAAGAAUCUCAGUCGACUAUGAAGAAAACUCAGCAAAUAAAAACGAAAAAUUUCAAGUAAAACUCGAUGUUGCCGAUUUUAAACCCGAAGAAAUCACUGUUAAAACAAUUGAUGGAAAUUCUAUUCAAAUUGAAGCAAAACAUGAUGAAAAAGAGGAUGGCCAUGGAUUUGUUUCAAGGCAGUUUGUAAGGAGGUUUGUGUUGCCAAAUGGGCACGAUAUGAAGGCAGUGGUGUCAAGUUUAUCUUCAGAUGGAGUUUUGACAGUGACAGCUCCUAGAAAGAUCGAGGAGGUUAAGGAAAAACAAAUUCCCAUCACUCAUGUGGAGAGCGAGAAAAUUAUUGAGAAUAAUAAAGGAAAAGAUGAAUAGAUGAAAUAAAUAUUAUUGUUAGUUUUUUUAAAUUGUUAAGAAGUCUGUUUUUUGUGAUUUAUUUAGAUAAUAAAAAUUCUUUAAACU